AUGGGUGAUGAGACGAGCCCGGCCCCGACGCCGAUGGGGAUGCCCCCCUGCGUGCUGCGUCGUCAAGACAAGCGCUGGAAGAGCGUCAUUAUUGGAGUUGCUUCUGGGACGGGCCUUGUACUUUUGGCUCUCAUUGCAUUCCUUGUUUUCAACAAAUUUAAGUGCCGGAGGGCCCAAAUGUUGGAAGGGAAGUACUUCCAGCGAAACCGUGGGCAAUUGCUGCAACAAUUGGCAUCUCAAAGAGCUGAUGUUUCAGAGAAAAUGAUCAUGACCUUGCAAGAGCUAGAGAAGGCAACAAACAAUUUUGAUCAUGGUCAUGAAAUUGGUAGUGGUGGGCAUGGCACCGUGUAUAAAGGGAUUUUGUCAGACCUCCAUGUUGUAGCUAUUAAAAAACCAAAGAUGGUAUCUCAAAGGGAGAUUGAUGAGUUUAUUAACGAGGCUGCUAUCCUAUCACAAAUUAACCACAAGAAUGUGGUAAAACUAUAUGGUUGUUGCUUUGACACGGAAGUCCCACUAUUAGUCUACGAGUUCGUAUCCAAUGGAACUCUUCGUGAUCAUCUUCAUGUUGAAGGACCGAUAUCAUUAUCAUGGGAUGACAGACUACGAAUAGCAACGGAAACGGCUAGAUCUCUAGCCUAUCUUCACUCAGCAACUUUAAUACCAAUCAUCCAUGGAGAUAUCAAGCCUGCUAACAUACUUCUGGAUGAUACUCUAACAACAAAGAUAGCAGACUUUGGAGCUUCAAGAUACAUUCCAUUGGACAAAUCAGGGUUAACAACAAUGGUGCAAGGCACACUAGGAUAUCUAGACCCAGUGUAUUUGCACACAGGGCGCCUCACAGCAAAAAGUGAUGUUUAUAGCUUUGGUGCUAUGCUUAUAGAACUGAUGACCAGAAAGAAGCCAUUUGAUUAUAUGGCUAGCGAAGACAAUAUCCUUGUGGAACAUUUUGCUACCUUAUUUGCAGAAGGCAAUUUGUCACUAACAUUAGAUCCACAAGUUAUGAAUGAGGGUGGUAACCUAAUUGAAGAAAUCGCUGGAAUUCCAGUAGCAUGUGUGAAAUUAAGAAGGAGGGAACGACCAACCAUGAGAGAAGUGGAAUUGAGAUUGCAAGUCACUCAAUCAUCUAGGGGAUUUAAGGCGAAUGUUAAUACUGUAGUAGAUUCUCCGUUACAUAGAGAUGAAAGAAUCAAAGAGGGGUUGACUAGCAGACAAUAUAGUAUGGAAGAAGAGUAUAUGUUAUCUGCAAGAUAUCCGCGGUAG